GUUGAUGAAUUGAAAGUGCCUUUGUGGAGUCACUUUGUACAAGAGACAGCAUCUGUGUCAUUGUUAAGAUUUGAUUUCUGCCAGCUGAACAUUGCUCUUAUCUUCUAUGUCACCCGUGGCAGUUUACUAGCUGCUUGAUCGGAAACCGAUUCCAACAUUUAAAAAGCCAGAGGAAAAGAUUAGAUUGGGCAUGAAAACCACUGAAUGUAUAGCUCUCCAUGUAUAAUCGUUGCCAACUCAGAGGACGCAAGAAGCUCAGAUGCUGCUGAGGAGCAUCGUUGCAUGAAAACGAAGCUGAACGCAAGUGUGUCGACAAAACCAAUCAACAGGCCAGAAGUGCUAUGGAGCAUGAAUAUAUUGCAGCCAAAAGUUUACAAGUGGCAUAUAUUGAUUGACUGACAGACUUGCUGAUAAAUAGUUGCUCAUUCAGCUCUGUGCACAUUGGGCUCCGCUAAACAUUUCCUACAUCAUUACUGCUGGGAGCUCUUAAAGACUUUCGGUCUUGGGGUGAUUUCAAGUCACUCUCAAAUCAGUUUUACACCAUGGCUUUGAAUGUCGCUCCCGUCAGAGACACAAAAUGGCUGACGUUAGAAGUCUGCAGACAGUUUCAGAGAGGAACUUGUUCACGCUCCGAUGAGGAAUGUAAAUUUGCACAUCCCCCGAAAAGCUGCCAGGUUGAAAAUGGAAGAGUUAUUGCCUGCUUCGAUUCUCUAAAGGGCCGUUGCACAAGAGAAAACUGCAAAUACCUUCAUCCACCAACGCAUUUGAAAACUCAGCUAGAAAUUAAUGGCAGGAACAACUUGAUCCAACAGAAGACUGCAGCAGCAAUGCUAGCACAGCAGAUGCAGUUUAUGUUCCCAGGAACACCACUUCAGCCAGUGCCCUCCUUUCCUGUAGGGCCGACAAUAGGAUCCAACACAGCGUUAAGCUUUGCACCAUAUUUAACACCUGUCACUCCCGGGGUUGGAUUAGUUCCUACUGAAAUCGUUCCCACGCCACCUGUCAUUGUUCCUGGAAGUCCCCCUGUCACAGUUCCUGGGUCCACAACGCCACAAAAACUCCUCAGGACAGACAAACUGGAGGUAUGCAGGGAGUUCCAGCGAGGAAACUGUGCACGUGGUGAAACCGACUGCCGCUUUGCACACCCAGCAGACAGCACAAUGAUUGAUACAAAUGACAACACCGUAACUGUUUGUAUGGAUUACAUAAAAGGGCGCUGCAUGAGGGAGAAAUGCAAAUAUUUUCACCCUCCUGCUCACUUGCAGGCCAAAAUCAAAGCCGCUCAGCACCAAGCCAACCAGGCCGCAGUGGCGGCCCAGGCUGCUGCUGCCGCUGCUACAGUGAUGACUCAGUCGACUGCCAAAGCAAUGAAGCGACCUCUCGAAGCAACUGUAGAUCUGGCUUUUCCUCCUGGCGUCCUUCACCCUUUACCAAAGAGACAAGCUAUUGAGAAAAGCAAUGGUGCCAGUGCUGUUUUUAAUCCCAGUUUCUUGCACUACCAACAGGCUCUAGCUAGUGCACAACUGCAGCAACACGCAGCGUUUUUUCCAACAGGGUCAGUUUUGUGCAUGACACCUGCUACCAGUAUUGUACCCAUGAUGCACAGCGCUACGUCCGCCACUGUCUCUGCAGCAACAACUCCUGCAACAAGUGUCCCCUUCGCCGCAACAGCCACAGCCAAUCAGAUAAUCCUCAAGUAGCCAACAGGAAUGGAAUGGAAUGUCAAGAGUCUUCAUUAAGAACAGCAAAGCAUUGUUACUGUACAUACUACCCUGUCUCUUCCUCGAUAGAAUUGCCACAAACUGCAUGCUGAGUAACGAGUUUGUUCGUCCGGACAAAUCACAAAACACUAAGGAGCUAGUGCUGCUAUAUCAUAUAGGAAUAUUAAAUAUGGUAUGCUUAGUAUAUUCCAAACUAAUCUAGUUAACUAUCUGAUGCUAGCUGUGAUGGUUCAAGACAU